AUGCACAUGGACAUGAGAAUUAUAUUUGUAUGUGUGCUCAGGUUUGAGGGCGAUGACGAUGAUGAGAUCUGGAACGCUAUCAGAGGCAUCACGAACGCUGGAGACUGCCAUCUCAGUGACGCCUCCAGCACUGAGUUUAAUCAAGACCCUGACGAAGGACCGAGCAUCCGUGAUUUGAACGAUGAUCACAGCCUUCUUGCGGCCUUCAGUGACCCUCGUCUCAGGAGAAACUUGAGAAAGCCAACCACCACCGCCAAAGGCAUCGACAAUGCCAGCCUCCGCCCAGUGAGGAAGCUCACAGUGAUGGUGCCGACAUGCUGGAACGAGCCCGUGGACAGCCAGGAGACCUCCGAGGGGGAUGACUGCCCGGCCUCCACUGACCAUGAGUCACCCGUCCUGGACAUUGCUGCAGCUGAUGCAUCUGCCGACUCCCCUCAGCAGCAGACACCCACCCAGCAGCUGCUGCAGGACCAGGCUGUUGUUGAGGAGGAUGCAGCCGAGCGAGGUAGUGGAAGUGGGAAAUUUGGGGUCUGCGUGGAGGAGGGCACACAGAGAGGAGAGAAGAGGUUCUGCUGCCCCUUUCCUGAGACGCCUGGGCAAGACCCUCAGGAGCCUAGGACGGAGAGGUAG